CUUGGAUGAUGUUUGGGUUCCGUCGAGGAUUCCCAUUCCAUUCUUGCUGAAUUCGGGGUCGUUGACGCAACCAGAGCAUUUAGGAAGCUGAUGCUUUCGCACGAAGCCGUUCAUUAAAUUUAAAACAAAUGGCGCGCAUAAUUAUAGCGUAUUACACUGCCGCGCUCUUGCUCAAUGCUCUCCUCCUAAGUAUCAAGAUGUGUUUUUAUGGCCAAAGAGUCCACAAAAAUAUCGUAUCAAAUGAUAAAUUUGGUUUCAAGUAAUUUUUAUGUAUGCUUUUAAAAUUAUUUUUAGAUCAGCUGUUUUUAUGCGUGUUGGAUAACACAAAAAUAAGUCGAAAAGAAGGUAACUUUUUCCAACACUAGGCCCAAUUACAAUUUGUUCAUCAAAAUGAGUGAAAUGACGUUAAACAAUUUAUCCCAGGAAGGAUCUGCGCCUGAGAACAGCUCGAUAAUGUUCGGUAAUCUAAGCAGUGACUCAGAAGAUGACGUGGAUGAAGUAAAAGACCACCAACUAUUGUUGAAGCUUCUGAGAACUUUUCAGGCUAAAAGCAAAAGUAAUGCUACGACUAUCAAGGAUCUGGGAGGAAAAUUAUUCGAAGCUGAAUCACAGCUAUUGAUUCAUAAGGAAAAGGCACAAUUCUUUGAUGAGAAGUGCAGGGACAAAGGUGAUCUGAUAGCGACGUUGAAAGCGUCAAUACAAAUAAACAAUGAAAUGACUACGAGAAACGCUGCUGCGCACGAUAUGAACAUAAAAUUAAUGCAAAAUCGAAUUACUGAGCUUCAAAAUGCUCUUGACACCCAAGCUAAAGAUGAUCAACCAAAUUCUGGAACUAUCCAUGACACACAAUUGGAGAAGUUCCAAGAACAGAUUGCCGAUUAUAAACGCAUCAUUGAGUUAAACGAGUCUACAAUAUGCCAACUGAAAGAAAAAGUGACUGCAUUAGAGACCAAUGUCAAGCUAGAUGCAACCAUUAUCGAAAACAAGAAUCAGGAACUCGCCCAAGUAACUAACAGUAUAAGUACGGCCGAGUCUACAAUAUUAAAACUGAAAAAGGAAGUGACUGCGUUAGAGACCACAGCCCAGUUAGCUGAAAUCAACAUCAAACAGAAGGAUGAGUAAUCCGAGAAUAUAUCCUCGUGUAGAGGGUACAAAAUUACAAAUCUAGUGUCCACUAAAUUAAUUGAAAUUACUGGCUUCGCACCCUUUGCCGCCCCAUUUAAGGAUAUUCCAUGUAUAAAUGGCAA